AUGAUCGCGAAUUUCUUCAAGCCUCAAGCUCCUUCAAAUACUAUUCCUAGCUCUCCUUUGCCAAGUUCUCAUUUGCCAAGUUCUUCGUCGCCUGUCAAUCUUUUCAAUGCAUCGGAUAAUGACAAAGUGUUGGCUGAUUUGGAUCUUAAAUCAGAUCCUGCUGAAAGAAAACAAAUGUCGAAAUUUUCUCCUAAUAUACGUGACCGAGUGAGGAGAUAUUACAUACUAAAGAAACCUUUCCAACCUGAAGAAUUUGAAUUUCCAAGUAGAGAUAUUGGAGGAGAAUUGCAUCGUUUUAAUCCCGAUUGGUUUAACGAUCCAUAUUCUCAAUGGUUAGAAUAUAGUGUUAAAAAAUAUGCAGCAUUUUGCUUAUGUUGUUACUUGUUUAAAAAUGAGCUUGGAGGAUAUGGAAGAAAAGUAAGUGAUGCUUUCACAACGAAAGAUUUGAUGAGUCAAGAACAAUCUAUUCUAACUUCAUUUGACAAGCCUUUUGAGAAAUUUAAAGGUGAUUAUCGGGUUCGCUUGAAUGCUUCGGUUGAUGUGAUAAGGUAUCUUUUAAAAGAAGGAAUGCCUUUCCGGGGUCACAAUGAGUGUGUAACUUCUACAAGAAGGAGUCAUUUUCUAGAUCUCUUAAAUUGGUAUGCCGAUAAGAAGGAAGAUGUGAAAAAUGUGGUACUAGAAAAAGCUCCAAAAAAUAACACCACGACUUUUCCCGAUAUCCAAAAAGACAUUGUGAAUUCUUGUGCAAAAGAAACAGUGAAUGCAAUUAUUGAAGACUUGAACGGAGAUUACUUUGGGAUAUUGGUUGAUGAGUCUAAGGAUGUUUCUCAUAAGGAACAAAUGGCUCUUGUCUUGAGAUAUGUAAACAAGGAGGGUAAAAUUAUUGAGCGUUUUCUUGGUCUUGUUCAUGUGAAAGAUACAUCUGCAAAGUCAUUGAAAGAAGCGAUCUAUUCUUUGCUUUUAGACCAUUCUUUGAGUCGAUCUCAAAUACGGGGACAAGGUUAUGAUGGAGCUAGUAACAUGCAAGGAGAAAUUAAUGGUCUUAAAACUCUGAUUCUGAAAGAUAAUUCUUCAGCAUAUUGCGUACAUUGCUUUGCUCAUCAAUUGCAAUUGACUCUUGUAGCCGUUGCAAAAAAAACAUCAUGA